CUCCAGCUCCAGUCAACGUGCCCCCACAGUAAUCUGAGUGUUGGCGAGCAGGAAGUGAUGCUGUUACCUUAAUGAAGAGCGAGCCCGUUAAAUAGCGCUUCUUCUAGACACACCAUUAAAUCCAGUCUUUCGCUUUAGCUACAAACACUGUCUGUAAAGAACUCCAUCGCUUCAACAUUCUUGGACUUUGCACUCGGACUAAGAGAAGACAAGAUUCAGUAUGAAACCUGCCAUAUUGAUUUUCUGCCUGCUGGGAGCAGCCUGCGCUAAUCCAAUCUUGCAUAAAGUGGCCAUGGAGAUGAUUCAACAUGCGUCCAACUCUUCGGAAAGCUCUUCAAUAUCCGAAUCCUCCGACCAGAGUAAUACCUCAGAACAUUCGGAUGAGAAGUCUACGGAAACCGUCUCCGACAGCAGUAGCUCAGAAUCAACCGAGUCUGAAUCAAAUGAACCGCUCUCUAGUGAAAGCCAUUCUGUGGAAAGUCUGAUUGGAAAAAGCGAGACCGCACUGACAUCUGAUAACACUCAAAGCAGUAAAGAGAACGUCCGUAGGGGCUGGAUCUACACCCUCAAAUGGGUCCGCAAGGACAGCAAUGCCAUUGUGCAAGCGACCGGCCAGCCCGGAGAGAAUGACGUCAAAUCCGCUAGUGACGCAAUGAAAAAAAGUGAAAGCAGUGAAUCGAGCGAAAGCCGGGAAAUGGUUGCUCUGAACACAAAGGUGGAGGAUAACGGUGCCGACACGAGUGAAAGCACUGAAAACAGUUACAUUGUUGAUGGCGCCGAGUACGGUACCAGCAACAGCAGCAGCAGCAGCAGCAGCAGCAGCAGCAGCAGCAGCGAAAGCGCAGAGUCCAAGAACAGCGACAGCCGCUCAACUGAGUGCCUGCCAGGGGCUGACAGCAAAGAAUGUGACAGCGAGGAAGACUUUCCUCAGGACAUCGGUGAUGAUGGUGCAACUGACCCUUUCAACGGCAUCCUAAUGCCUGACGUCACUGAGCCCUAGCAGCAGUUUAAGACAUCCUUUUUUAUGACUCAAUGCUCUGAUAUCUGCAAUUGGAAAUCCCAGGAAUAUAUUAAAAUGGGAAUGUUCUAUUAAGGAAAGUAUAUAAAGGAGGGUGCGUAAGGAAAUCUAUAUAAUAUUAAUAUAAACCAUUAAAUAAAUGUUAAUAAUUUUUUUCAAAGGUACCUCAGUCUGUUUUUAAUUUAAAAUUAAACGGUGUAGGCAUAGUUUGAUAUUUUUGUUUCACACUUCCUUAUUUUUUUAAUAUUUGCUUUAUUAUCAACGGAUAUCUCUGGAGCUGAAGUUGUGUGCAGUAUUUUUAUAUAGAUUUUGUAGUCAUUUAUUUAUACUGUUGGUAUUAACCAUUUUCAAAUAAAUAAAGGAAAG